AUGGCGCAGACGUCUCCAGCAUUAGAAUCGCUUCCGUCACACCUGCUUAACAAGCUUUUCUCGUCAUGGAAGGCUGCCAUGGCUUGGUACACUUAUUACCCCGCUCUAGAGUCUCAGCUUAAUGCUGCAAUCACCCGAUUCGGCACGGCCUUGUCCUUUUUCAAGCCAGACUGCUUGUCUGGUCGCGCCGAACCGCGAUCAAUAGCCGGCGAAGACAACUGGAGUGCGCAAGGACACAGAGAAAGGUUCUCUCACCGGGACUACACUGUCGGUUGGAUCUGCGCACUUGAAAUCGAAAUGACUGCCGCCAAGGUUAUGCUGGACGACAUCCACGAGGCUUUGCCGAUCAGUCGAGAGGAUUCAAACACAUAUACCCUUGGCAAUAUGGGCACCCAUAAUAUAGUUAUUGCAUGCCUUCCGUUGGGUCGCUAUGGCCUGACUAAUGCCGCAACAGUAGCCAAUGACAUGCGGCGGACCUUUACCUCGAUACGCUUCGGUCUCAUGGUCGGUGUCGGUGGCGGAGUCCCUGGAAAGGUCGAUGUGCGACUUGGUGAUGUCGUGGUCAGUAAAGAGGUGGUACAGUAUGACUUUGGGAAAAGGACUGGAGACAGCCAAUUGCGCCCAGUUGGGAGUUUGAACAAACCUCCACAUGUACUAGCGACUGCAGUCGCCAAACUUCAAGCGGAUCACAGAACUGAUCCCAGCAGAAUCCCUUCGAUCCUCGCCAAUGUGCUUGUACGAUACCCUGGGAUGAUCAACUUCACACGCUCCGGUACCCUUCAAGACCGGUUAUUUGACGCCAUUUAUGACCAUAUCGAGCCUUCUAAUGAGCCUAUGAACCCCAAGGUUGAUAGCUGUGAGCACUGCGACGUAUCUAGGCUGGUACACCGACCUGCUCGAAGCAACAAUGACCCCAAGAUACACUACGGGAUUGUGGCCUCAGCUAAUCAGGUUAUCAAGAAUGGCCGUACACGGGAUCAACUUGCAAAAGAGCUUGAUGCCAUCUGUUUCGAGAUGGAAGCGGCAGGACUUAUGGAUAGCUUCCCCUGUCUAGUUGUACGCGGUGUUUGCGAUUAUGCAGAUUCUCAUAAGAACAAGCAAUGGCAACCAUACGCUGCAAUGACAGCUGCAGCAUAUGCAAAGGAGCUUCUGUCUGUUAUUUCGACAGAUAGGAUCAAGCAGAAAUCAAAGCCUACCUCGUCAGUAGGCAUAGAUCCGGUCUUGCAGGAGCGCCGAAAGACACUACUCGAAUCACUACAGUUUAAGGAGAUUCAUUCCCGUCGCCUCGGCGUGGAGGUUGCCCAUGAGGAAACUUGUAACUGGUUGCAUGAGGACCCGGUUUACCAACGCUGGCUUGACAGAUCGAAACUUAUUCAACACCACGGGUUCUUGUGGAUCAAGGGCAAGCCAGGUGCCGGAAAAUCGACAAUUAUGAAGUUCGCAUAUUCUCAAGCGAUGAAGAUGAUGGGGGAUUCAAUUAUUAUUUCGUUCUUCUUCAACGCCAGAGGCAAUGACUUGGAGAAGUCGAUUGUGGGGAUGUACAGAUCUCUACUAUGGGAGCUCUUGAGCAAGGUGUCUGGGCUUCAAAAGGUUCUGGAUGAUGCAGACCUCAUUCCAUUGAGCCACUACGGCCAGCCAAUGUGGAGUGCAGAAGUUCUGAGGUCUCUUCUAUCUCUUGCGAUAGCCAGCCUUGGCCGGCAACGCUUAGUCUGCUUUGUCGACGCGCUUGACGAAUGCAAUCGGAAGGACGUUCGCAAUCAUCCCUUCAUCGACAUAGGGAAUGGUCAAGAGCUGAUUCUGGAACAUCAUCCUGGCCAUGAGCACGACCUAGAAGCCUACAUACACAGCAAGCUCAAAGUCAAAAAGCAUAGAGAGGCCGAAGUAGAUGAACUGAGAAACGACAUUCGCGUCAAGUCAAACGGUGUAUUUCUAUGGGUCAAGCUGGUGGUGCAGAUGCUGAAUGAGGACUUUGGAUAUGCAGAUAGUCUUGCUAUCCAGAGGAAGACGCUUGAAGAAAUUCCACCUGAAUUGAGUGACCUGAUCAGAGAUAUACUAAGGAGGGACAACAAGCGACCAGAGAACCUACUCUUGUCAAUUGAGUGGAUUCUCUUUUCUAAGCGACCGCUGAAGUGGGAAGAGCUCUACUUCGCCCUCAUCUCCGGGCUGCAUCCUGAUACACUCAGCGGGUGGAAUCGGCGUAAAACUACCAUCCAAGACAUGAAGCAAUUCAUCCUCAGUUCAUCCAAAGGCUUGGCCGAGAUCACAAAGCCCAAUGCCCAGACGGUUCAAUUUAUUCACGAGUCUGUGCGAGACUUUUUGUUGAAAGACGAUGGCUUAGGGCACCUAAGACGUGAUUUACAGAUGGAGACGGAAGAUCCACAAUGUUCAGCUCAUGAUCGACUAAAACGAUGUUGUCAUACCUAUAUUCAGCUCGACAUCUCAAGACAUGUAAUCCUCGUUACUCCAGUCUCAGACUUGAAACAGGAUGCCGCUCUUGAUUUACAAAACACUGUGUUGGACAAGUUUCCGUUCAUGGAUUUCGAUGUCAAGGCUUGGAUUGUUCUUGACAGUAUAUUGAGGGAUGUUAUUUUCUUUCCAGGGACAGGCUGGAAUAAAAGGCCUUUCUAUACCUCAAAUGCAAGCCUUAUGUAUAUUCUUGCGAAGAAUGAUUUCACAAGUCUCAUGGGGACAGCAUUCCGCCUCGGCUUUGCAAGUAACAUACACAGAGAACACCUCGAGAACCCACUGUUUGCUGCCUUGGCUAAUGGUCAUCGCGGCGCGGUCAAAGAGCUCUUGCAACAGGAAAUGAGUCCUUCGCAAGCCGAAGAAAUCUCUGCACAGCUUGUAUACGGAAAGUACUUCAGCCGGGGUGACUUACCGCUCGCCACGAUCCUACUUGCAUCCAAAGAAAUUAUACCUGUUCUUUCAGGCAGCGAUGAACGUACACCCCUAUCAUUAGCGGCUGAGAAUGGCCAUGAGAGUAUUGUGAGACAGCUAUUGGCGAUUGAGACCGUUCAACUUGAUCCGAAGGACUACAUGGGCCGGACACCAUUAUCGCUGGCUGCUAUUGAAGGCCAUGAGAGAUUACUCUGGUUUUACGCCGUUGCUCGGCGUCUUGAUGAGAUUGGCUCGAGCCCAGAAUUCAAGCAGCAAGGCCAGUACAGCAGCAGAAUACUCUAG